CGCCCGCCUCUCUGUGCCGGCGCCCGGGCCCGGCGGCGGAAGGAAGCGACUUCCCGCGACGCGCCCAUGGAGCCGGGCGGGUCGCGCAGCCCCAGCGCGGCGGAGCUGCUGGAGGCCCGCGGCCGCAGGGCCCCUCGGCGUCCCCACGGCCAGAAGGAUUUCAUCCCCGACGGCUCGGCCGAGCAGGCGGAGAAGCUGCGCCGGUGCCGGGAGGAGCAGUGGCAGCUCCUCUCCGAGGAGCCUGUGGAGCCGCCGAGGAAUCUGGUGAAAGCUGAGUGGAAGCCAGGACAGGGCAUUGUGGAGCUGCAGUCCCCUGCGGGGAAGUUCUGGCACACCAUGGGGUUCUCAGAGCGUGGCAAACAGUGCCUGCUGCCCGAGGAGGCUCUGUACCUGCUGGAGUGUGGCUAUGUCCAGCUCUUCUACAGAGAUCUGCCCUUGUCAGUCCAGGAAGCCUACGAGAUCUUGCUCUCCCAGGAGGCAGUGAGCCUGCCACAUUACCAGGUGUUCAGCCACUUGAAGCAACUGGGUUAUAUUGUACUGAGAUUCGACCCCAGCACUGUCCCGUCUCCCUACGAGAGGCAACUGAACCUGGAAAGUUACUGCAAGAGCUCUGGGAAACACCAUUGCAAAAGGAGGAGGAGUUCCAGCCCCCAGUCACAUGAGAAGAAACAUAAGGUAUCUGAGGACUUUGCAGAAGCUGAAGGAACCUCAAAAAAAGCUGAAGAUGACUGUGGAGACACCAGCUGCCUUCCUGUCAAUGAACAGGCGCUGCCAGGGCAGCCAAAGGAAUCAGAUGCUGGCAGUGAAGAGAGGAAGUCAAACCCAGCUCCUCUUGAUACAGGACAAAAGGACACCUUGAGCCCCUGUAGGAGCCAGGCUGGAGACCACAAGGGGAACAGCACUAGCACCUGUGCACCCCACUGGGAUUUUACCAGCAUCAUCUUCCCAAAUGUGGCCCCAGACCAGCCGUGCACUCAUCUCCCCUCACCUGAUGACAGGGUCCUGCCAGAGAACGUACCAGGGAGGGAGGUUGAUGCAGCUUGCUGGUGUGCGCGCAUUAAUCAGAAACAGGAGAAGCUGUCGCGGAAGGAAAGGGAGCGGCAAGAGAGGGAGAGCAGGUACAAGAGCAGUGUCAAUGCUGACCGGGAGGUGAGGCGCUGCUCCAACUGGCAGGAGUACAAAGCCCUUUUGAAGCAGAGGAGCCAGCAGAGGGUUUGGAAACGACCGCCGCAUCUUUGGGAACAAGCUGUCACUCCACUUUUGCGGCCAGAUGAAGCUACCUCAUCAGCUGCGCUCCUCCAGCAGAUCAGCGUGCUGCAGCCCUCCCACAUCCUGGAUGGAGCCUCCCGGCUGCAGGAGGACCCAGGGGGCUUGAAGAUAGACUUCAAUGUGUAUCAAGCAGAUUCUGUGGCCAAGUUUAAGAAGACAAACCCUGGGAAGCCAUAUGUCAGGAUGUGUGUUCGGAGCUUUGACGAGCAGAUUCCAUCCCUUCGGGCUUUGAAGCAGGUUACGUAUCAGAGUGGGGACGUCCCGGUGGUCUUUGCGCUGGUGGAUUAUGGAGAAAUUGCCUUUUAUUCACUGAAGGAAUUCAAGCUGCCAGUUGAUGUUAAUCAGUGAAGUCACUGUCACUUGCAGAAAUGGUACGGGAUAAGAGGAAGAGCUUUACUCAGGAUUUGUUUUCUUGAUUAAUGAAAUAUUUCAGAAAAUAGAGCCUGUGAUAACUGGAACCUUGGGUAGUUUACCACUUUGUUACAGACUUCACCCAACUGGACGACUCAGGCAUUAAUAGCAAAAUUUACAGCAAACAAAUGUGUAUGGCUUAGCUGGGCAUUUCUGGACUGGAAUACACACUGCUUUGUUCUCGAAGUCACUGUUUCUCCAGCUUUCUCAUCUUCUGGACCGCUAGUCUGCCUUUUCCCUGUCAUCUUUGGCUGACCUGUGGACCAUUAGAGAACACUUCACUGGUGAUCCUCUUGUCACAUGUUAGGAACCACUGUGCUAUACCCGUCAAACAGUUGGACAGUCACUGAGGUCAAGCAAGGACAGAAUAAGCUGAUCAGAUCAGUGAUGUCUUGAGCCUCUGUCAUUCAGCAAUGCCAACAACUGUCAGAUCAGAUUCUGAUCUGAAACACACAGCCACAGGAAACUGUGCCUUGAAAGCUAUUUGAUCAGUUGGAGGUCACAGAGAGCCCCCAGAGCAUUGCAGAUGGCACUCCAGCCUCAUGCUCUAGUGGCUGUGCUGAGAUGUGUUUUGGCCACACAAUAUUAUUAAACUUUGGCCACCAAUAACUGGCACACUAUAUCUGAUAGUCUCACCAGAGCUGUACGGCAGCACCCUCUGUUUCAGCCUGAUAUCCUCUUUCCUGGCUAUGGAUCCUCGUCUUUGCUUUUGCAAGUGAGAGAUCCCUGAGUAAAGAAAGCAGCUACAAAUUCCUCAUGAACAUUUCAGCCCUAUGGCUGUUGUGCUCCAAGCUGAGGACGUCAUUGCUUUCCAGGCCCUACUGUGGGAGCUUUACACCAGGAUAUCCAGGUGCCUAAUUUGCUUUAGCCUCUGUGCAAAAGUGCUCCUGACAGAUACCAGAAAGUCCGCUGGACAGAAACAUGCUGAGCAUGGCUGUGUUUCAUAUCGAGGUUCUUCAGAACUGCAAUAGCAACCAGUUUAGAUGCGUUUUAUUUGAUAAUUUUUUAAUUACUUUUGGAGAUGGGGAGAAGGCUAAGCAAUAAAAGUGCCAUUUCCAACA